AUGGAGUGGGUUGCUGCUGACAAUACUAAGGUAGUAGGUACAUUCCCACCCCGCAGCAGCAACAGAAAACCGGGGUGGACUGGCUACAUCGAGAAAGACACAGCAGGACAAACAAACAUAUACUCUGUCGAGCCUGCAGUGUAUAUUGCGGAAAGUGCAAUAAGCUCGGGAACUGCAGGCUCCUCAGCUGACGGCUCGGAGAACACUGCGGCCAUUGUUGCCGGCAUUGCCCUAGUAUCACUUGCAGCCGCUUCAUCUAUUCUUAUCCAGGUGGGCAGUAAACCGGCAGCUGUUGUCCCGCCACCUCAAUACUCGGGUCCCUCCCUCACCUACUACAUCAACAAGUUCAACAUUCCCGAGACCGAAACCCAACAGCUGCUCGAGGAGACAAUACCAUCACUCAGCCCAACUGCCUCGUAG